AUGGAUAUCCCGUCAAACUAUGGCAGUAUCGCCGAGAAGGGCGAGCUCUACAGUGCACCACCAGUUCAAAGAGAAGGACCGCUUCCACAUUUAGCGGAUUGGAUGUGCUUUCUGUCAGACGACAUUCCCGUCUCAGCACUCUCAAUUCCCGGUACUCAUGACAGUUCCGCAUUCAUGAGUACAUGGCCUUUUGUUUCAACUCAGACGCUGACUAUCGCGCAACAACUGGAUGCCGGUGUCCGAUACUUUGAUCUUCGAUGUGGCAUCAUCAAAGAUGAAGUCCAGAUGGUACACGGCAGAGCAGUCCUUGGUCUCAAAUUCUCUGACCUCCUCACCUCAAUGUACACCUUCCUUCAGAAACAUCCCAAAGAAGGCAUCAUGAUACAACUGAAGCAAGACCGCAAAGACGAGGCCUCAACGCGACCCUUUUCUCAACUAGUCCUCGAUCUCAUGCACCAAAACUCCAAAUACUGGCGUUUGGAGACCACAACACCCACUUUAGGCGAAUUACGCGGACGCAUCCAACUACUCCGCCGCUUCUCAACCUUCCAACACCAACAAUACACUUCAGGCAUCGACAUCACCAGAUGGCCAGACAACCCGCCUUUACCAUUCACAAUCCGCACGACCGUAGGUGUUCACCUCACAAUCCAAGACCACUACUCCUUCUCCACGCCCGAAAACCUCCCGUCCUUAGUCGCCAAANAAGGCGGCGAUGUAGCCUCCAUGCUCAUGCGCGCCUCCCGCGACACCGAGCCCUGGCACUGGUACAUCAACUUCAGCUCCGCAUUUGAAUUCAAUAUCUACUACCAAAUCCCGCCCAAAGACAUUGCCGUGGGUGGAUACUCGGUAUUCAGAUGGGUGGAAGGGAUAAAUUUGCGCUUGUGCAAUUUUCUCAAGCAAAGGUUGGGUGAUGUGGAUGAGCCGCAGAGGUUUGGAGUCGUGGUCAUGGAUUUUGUGGAGAAGCCGGCGAGUGAGCUGGUAAAAACUGUUGUGGAGGCUAAUUUUGUGGUACCGGGGAAGAGGAGAGGGNGGGUGGCUGGUAGGAGGUCUGAGACGAUGGUGCUGGGCUUGGUGAUGGUUUUGGUGCUUUUGGCUUGGGUGUUGUUUGAGUGGCAUAUGGGCAGGUUCGAUCAGGUCGAUGGACGCUGGUGCCCUUCUUGCUCGAUGGGAUCUCCUUACGAGGCAGUAGCUUGA